UAAACCUGGGCUGGGACUUGCUCACUCUCUCUCUUGUCUUGUCAGAGGGUGGCGAGUCGCUUUCAUUCCAUUUGUCCCUGUAUUUGAGCUCCCAAAAUCUUCAGGCGCGCUGUUGCACUGGCAUAUGGUUCUGCAGCGACUAUUUAGGCCCUUCAGCCCAACGCUAAAGAAUUUGAUUGGGCAAUCAAAUCGAUUUGUUCUUUUGAACUGUCGUAUGAUCUCAACAGCUAGUCCUUCUAAAGGAAUGCCUGUCUCAAAAGUGCAUGCCCGUGAGAUUUUCGACAGCCGUGGAAAUCCCACAGUUGAAGUAGAAGUAACAACUGAGAAAGGGACAUUCCGUGCGGCUGUCCCAUCAGGUGCUUCUACUGGUAUCUAUGAAGCUCUUGAGCUCAGAGACAAGGAUGCCUCAAAGUUUCUUGGAAAAGGUGUUUCCCAAGCUGUGAACAAUGUCAACACCAUCAUUGGGCCUGCAUUGGUAUCAAAGAAUGUUGAUGUCACUGCCCAGGAAGACAUUGACAACAUGAUGUUGCAACUCGAUGGAACAGAGAACAAAGCCAAACUUGGUGCCAACGCCAUACUUGGUGUCUCGUUAGCCAUCUGCAAAGCAGGCGCUGCCCAUAAGGGAGUUCCUUUGUACAAAUACAUUGCAGGUCUGGCUGGAAAUAACCAGGUUAUUCUACCAGUCCCAGCAUUCAAUGUUAUCAAUGGUGGUAGCCAUGCUGGUAAUAAGCUGGCCAUGCAAGAGUUUAUGCUUCUGCCAACAGGGGCAUCUAAUUUCCGCGAAGCGAUGCGCAUGGGUGCUGAAAUAUAUCAGAACCUGAAAAAAGUAGUUAAAGAAAAGUAUGGCAUUGAUGCCACCAAUGUUGGAGAUGAGGGAGGUUUUGCCCCAAACAUCCAAGAUAACAAAGAAGGCCUGGAGCUAUUGAAGGUGGCAAUUGAGAAGGCAGGCUAUACUGGCAAGAUUAGCAUUGGCAUGGAUGUAGCAGCUUCAGAGUUCCACAAGGAAGGAAAAUAUGAUCUGGAUUUCAAGAACAAAAACUCAGAUCCUUCAAAAUGGAUCUCAGCUGAUGAUCUUGCUGCAAUGUACAAGGACUUCAUCUCUCAAUACCCAGUGGUGUCUAUUGAAGAUGCCUUUGACCAAGAUCAUUGGGAUGCAUGGAGCAAGCUGACUGGCAAUGUUGAUAUCCAGAUUGUAGGGGAUGAUCUGACAGUAACAAACCCAAAACGUAUCCAGACGGCCAUUGAGAAGAAAGCUUGCAAUUGCCUACUACUGAAGGUCAACCAGAUUGGAUCAGUUACCGAGUCCAUCAAGGCGUGUAAGCUUGCCCAGUCUAAUGGCUGGGGAGUGAUGGUGAGUCACCGCAGUGGGGAAACAGAAGACACAUUCAUUGCUGACCUGGUGGUUGGUCUAUGUGCAGGGCAGAUCAAAACAGGUGCCCCAUGCAGAUCUGAGAGACUUGCCAAGUACAACCAGCUUCUCAGAAUCGAGGAAGAGUUGGGAGCUGAUGCCAAGUACGCAGGCGCAAAGUUUAGACACCCUCUCAAGUGAGCCUGCAAUGAGCGGAGAGGCUGGCCGACAUGAGAGAGAUUGUAGCGACGUUUCUAUUCAAUAGAUAAUUUCUGUAGGAUAACAAAACAAAAUUAAGUAAUAUGUAAGACUACCCUACCAAAAAUUGAAGGUUUUAAGGUUAUUGUAUUAAAUGUGUUGUUGCUGUUA